CAGUAUUCAAUAUGAUGGACGAGCGAUCGGAACUCGAGACACUGCGUGAGAUUUAUUACCUAACUGAUGAUGCGUCGGGCAACUGGCGUAAGCUGCUCGCUCUGGGCGACUGCCUGGACCAACAGCUUAAGCGCAAACUGCUCUGGAUGUGGCCCACAUCGGUGGACCUGGAAUAUUUUAAUCAGCUGCUAGCCAUGCAUGGCAUCCAGCGAAUUUUGAGCAUAGGUUGCGGCAGUGGGCUUUUGGAAUGGCUUAUGACUGUGUCUGGAGGUCGGGAGGUCUCCAUGUUCGGCUUGGAGGUUGACCGCAACUGGUGGCAGAGCAAGUACUCUGUCCGAAGUUUCAUACCGCUUAACUAUUUAGAGGAUGCCAGCCAACUGGAUGCGGAUUUAUUGGCCAAGUGCUGCAGUGACGCCCAUCCUUGUGCGUUGCUCUUCUGCUACUUUAACAAUCGCGGCGCAUUUCUGGACUAUCUGAAAGUGUUUCAAGGAAAGUGGCUUAUACUAAUUGGGCCACUGCCCGCCCUGGGAAUCCACACAGAUCCCAAUCCUGCUCAGCCCCAACUGCCCAUCGACCAGUGGAUCUUUCGAGAACGCCUUAACUGGACUGACCACAAUAUUGUGGCAUUCUACGAAAAGAUAGCCUAGUCUAGUCUGUAGUAUCUCUAUAAUUGUAGUAAUAAACCAUUGCCUUACAUCCUAA